ACAAACUUUGUGAUCCCGCAUCAGUUGCUCCACAAUGUUCGGCAAUGCAUAGUCCCGCGAUCAAAAAAUUUCGGCGGAAGUUCUGAGACUCUUUUGAAAAAACAACGCUUUUGAGAUCUGGUUUAAAAAAACAUAUAUCGGAAGUAUAUGUUGUGUCGAUCUAAACCUACUUGUGUUAAUACAUUUUGUGAUCGUAUGAUAAAGGAUAUCCAUAUAAAGGAUAUAAUUGGCUAAGAGGAAUAAGCAUGGCGGUGGCUUGCUGUAACUCCAAAGGAUUCCUCCGCCUGUUUCCAAUCGUUCUGCUCUUCAAUACCGCUUUGGUGCUCGUGUGGAGGAAUGUUCAGCAGGCCCAACAGCUCACCCAAACGAAACUAUUAUGGGAAUCAAAUGAACGGGCUUUAAUGCCCGAAGAUGACUGCUCCAAAUAUGACAACAUCCCAAAAGAGAUUUCUCCUCGAACUCUGGAGCUUCAGGAGCUGCUGAAGUGCCGGGAUCGAUCGCUUCGAUUCGAAAGAAUUCAACAUGGAAGUUACUGGGUGCUCCAGAAUCUAGUGAUUGGACGGAAAAGUCGCGAUAUUGGCUGUGCCGAGUCUAUAACGUAUACCACAAUUGGAGACUAUACCUUUUUUGAUAAUCUGAAGCCACUGGUUGAGAGGUGGCUUGCCCCAGUUAGCUUCGCCAUUCAUGCACCUGGCUACGAUUUAAAAGCCACUCUGGAUUCUAUACUGUAUGUUCGAAACUGUUUGGAUGACAAUGGGCUUAUCAAAGACUGGGUGUCCUUUCACGUCUACUUCCCUAAUAACCAUAUGCCGGACAAGGUGCCCUUCAACAUGGCCCAAGUCCUGCGCCGCCCUUACACCUGCACCUUCGGCAAUGGAACUGAUGUGCCUCCACCCUACACCCUCAUUCCACGGAGUGAAAGCUACAAGAACACGGCCAAUCUUACCUAUCCGAUCAACGUGGGGCGCAACAUAGCCAGGCAGGCGGUCAACACUCACUUUAUCUUGGCUUCCGACAUUGAGUUGUACCCCAGUUUGGGUUUUGUGGACUUCUUCCUCGACAUGGUGGCCCAGAAUCACAGUGUCUUGGCUCUAGAUCCGCUGCUGCCGCGGAGGGUGUACCCGCUGCCAGUUUUCGAGAUCGCUUCAGGAGCGGAAAUUCCCAACGACAAGGCAGACUUGUUGGCACUGUAUCAGAAGAAGUUGGCCCAGGGGUUCCAUGAAAAGUUGUGUGGCCAAUGCCACAAGGUACCUCGUCAAAAGGAAUGGCUGAACAAGCCAUUCAGUGAGGGGGAUCAGCUGCAGCUUUUCAGCCACACCUUGCGGGAGAAACAGUUCCGAUACUGGGAGCCCUUCUAUGUGAGCGACAACACGGAGCCUCUGUUCGACGAGCGGGUCACGUGGGAAGGACAGUCUAAUAAACGCAUACAGAACUAUGCCAUGUGCCUUAUGGGCUAUGAAUACCACGUACUGCACCCUGCAUUUCUGGUUCAUAGUCCUGGCAUCAAGAAAGCCACUGAAGGUUCGGCAACUCGAAAAAAAUACGCAACGGAAAUGACAAAGUUCAUUAAUGUUAAAAUUAAACCCGAAUACCAUGUGUUGUACGGUAGAAAUUCCGCAUGCCAAACAUGAUCAAAGACUACCAAGAUUAAUGAAACAGCAUUAAGGUUCUUUAAUACUUCUUGAAUAUAAUAUAUUAUUAACCAUCUUGCCUCAUCUUAACGGGAACGUGAUCGGGAAUACUAUUGUCAUCAUCAGGCAUCAGACUUUAGGGCGAAUUAAGUUAAAAACAGUUCUAGUUCUAGAUUUGCUUCUAGUUACCAUACCUUAAUGCUUAAGUAAAGAAAAUAUGUAUGAUAUACCUACUGCGAAAAAACUUAAGAGCUCUACUUUUGCGUUGCCUUGAAGUUAAGAUCCUCCAGUUUCUCCAGAGGUCGUGAUGAGAAAGACCAUUCCAAAACAAUAGUGUCUCUAAAAAAAAAGACCUUUCUAAUUUCGUAUACUACUUAUAAUGUGUGUUAGUUUAAUUUUAAUACUUAAAAUACAAAGUUAUGUUAUAAAUAUGUUAUUAAUUAUUGUAUAAUUAUUGUUAUUAAAUAUAGAUUUUUCUAGAAGCUUGCAUCA